AUGUCAAAACAAACACAAUGUGUACAUAUUGAAAAUUGUAAUAUAAAUUAUGAAUCAAUUGAUAUUCAAUUAUAUGAUAAUGAAAAUAUAACAAUACCAAAUUGUUAUAAAUGUUCAAGUCAAGAUAAUAUUUUAAUUUGUUUAGAAUGUGGAAUUGUUGUUUGUAUGGAAGAUUGUAAAUUACAUUCCAAUCAUUCAAUUUUUAAAAUAUUUCAUGGUGAUGAUAAAACAUUAUGGUGUAAUGAUUGUAAUGAAUUAAUUAAAGAAUCAACAAUGAUUGAAAAAUGCACCAAAAAUAGUGAUUUAAUAAAUAAAAAAUUAAAAGAUAUUGAAAAUUUAUUCAAAGUAAUGAAAUUAUUCAUUUAUUAUGAUCAAAGAAAUUUAAAAUAUAAUAAAAAUUUCGACUCAAUUGAUAAUUCAAUUAAAGAUAUUAUAAAGAAUAGUAAUAUCAUUAAAAAUGAAAUUAAAAUUGAAAAUGAAAUUGAAAUUGAAAAUAAUAAAAUUAAAGAAUUUAUAAAAUUAAUUAAAAAUGAUAAAUGUAAGAAUAUUAUUGUAUUGACAGGAGCUGGAAUUUCAGUUGCGAGUGGUAUACCAGAUUUUAGAUCAGUUGAAACUGGUUUAUAUAAUAAUGAAAAUGUUUCAAAAUUUAAAUUACCAUUUAAAGAGGCAGUGUUUGAUAUUGAUUAUUUUAAAUUCAAUCCUGAACCAUUUUAUCAACUUUCAAAAGACCUCUACCCAUCGGGUAAAUUUAAAUGUACACCAGUUCAUUAUUUUAUUAAACUUUUAUCAGAUAAAGGAUUACUGUUAAGGAAUUAUGCACAAAAUGCUGACACACUUGAAAGAAUAGCUGGUAUACCAUUGGAUAAAUUAAUUGAAGCUCAUGGUUCUUUUGCAGUUUCAAGAUGUACAAAUUGUGGUUUAGAAUAUUCUCAAGAAUAUAUUAAAGAUUCAAUUUUCAAUAAUGAUCCUUUGAAAAGUGUUGUACCACGUUGUAAAGUGGUUCAAUGUAAUAAUGCUGUAAUUAAACCUGAUAUUGUUUUCUUUGGUGAAUCUUUACCACCAAUAUUUAAUCAAAAUAUACUUGACGAUAUUAAUAGAUGUGAUUGUCUAAUUGUGAUUGGUACCUCUUUAAAAGUUCAACCAAUUGCAUCAAUGGUUCAUUUCUUUCCUCAUUUUAAAAAUAUCCCAAGAUUAUUAAUAAAUAAUCAAAUUGUUGGUGAAAAUAGUUUUGGUGGUUUCAAUUUUAAUAAUAAUAAAAAUUUUGAUUUCAAAAUGAUUGGUGAUUGUCAAGAAUCAGUUCUCAACCUAUCAAAACUAUUAAAUUGGGACACUGAAUUAUUAAAUCUAAUCAAUUCUAAAAACCAUAAUUAA